AUGUCCUCCGAGCACAAUUUGCUCGCCCCUCUUCACGUAAGAUAUAUCCAAAAUCUAGGCAACAGCAAAGAUGAUCUCGCCUACCACCUCACUGCGCACCUGCGCAUGAACGCGGUCUACUGGGGCCUCACUGCGCUGUGCGUCAUGGGCCGCAAGGACGCGCUCGACCGCGACGAGAUGGUCGAGUACGUGAUGAGCUGCUGGGACGACGAGGCAGCAGGCGCGUUCGGCGCGCACCCGGAACAUGACGCGCAUAUCCUCUCGACGCUGAGCGCUAUCCAGAUCCUCGUCAUGCACGACGCGCUCGAUCGCUUGGACGUCCCUCGUGUCGUCCGAUUUAUACUCUCCCUCCAGCACCCCUCAGGCGUCUUCGCAGGGGACGCAUUCGGCGAACUCGACACGCGCUUCCUCUACUGUGCCGUCUCCGCGCUCUCCCUUCUCGGCGCGCUCGACCAGCUCGACCGUGACAGGACCGUCGCGUACCUCGUGCAGUGCCGGAACUUCGACGGCGGGUUCGGGAGCGUCGCCGGUGCGGAGAGCCACGCUGCGCAAGUGUUCGUGUGCACGGCUGCGCUCGCGAUCCUAGACAGGCUCGACGUCGUCGACGUGCCGACGCUGGGGUGGUGGCUCGCUGAGCGACAGAUGCCGAGCGGCGGGCUCAACGGGCGCCCCGAGAAGCUCGAAGACGUAUGUUACAGCUUCUGGGUGCUCUCCUCGAUGUCGAUCUUGGACAAGAUGACCUGGAUCGACACCGACAAACUCAUCGCGUUCAUCCUCUCCGCGCAGGAUCCCGACGCAGGCGGGAUCGCCGACAGACCGGGGAACGUUGCAGACGUGUUCCACACGCUAUUUGGGCUCGCGGGGCUCUCGCUGCUCGGUUUUCCGGGUCUGGUCGACAUCGACCCCGUGUACUGCAUGCCGGCGAGCGUCAUCGAAGCGAGGGGGCUGCGCAAGGGCUGGAAGGCGCUGCCGAGGCGCGAGUCGUGA